AUGACAGAGGAAGGAGACUCAUGUUCCUUUUUCAACUGUCAUGAGUAUGUAGUUCAGACGAGUAUAAAUUCUGUACAGGGUCGAGAUGUUUUGUUAGGAGGAUCAGACUUGCCGUCGUCAGAAAUGACAGCAGGCUCAACAGGCGAUUCAACAGUAAUAGAGUCUAUGCUGACGGAUUUCCCAAAUCCAUAUGUACCUCAUAACUCAACAGCUUUUAAGCAGACAAGAAUAGUACGGAUUCCUCGAAUUUUUGAUACACAGUCAUAUGAUGACCAAAACUCGUGUCCACAGUUUUCAGAAUAUUUUCCUGGAACCGAACCUGGCGCGCUCACACCUACUUUUGACGAGAAUGGUGUUUCACAUGGCCUAUCCUCCAAGUCUCCACUUGAAAGCUAUCUUACUCACCAGGAGUUUCAGACUAUUAUAAAAGGCAUCAAUGAGCGAUUAUUGCGAGCAUACUACCCAUGGACAUGGAGAAAUGUUAUUGGUAAUAUUCUAAGCUUCUUCACUUUGUACAUGUCAGACUAUUUCAUCAAACCACAAAUCGACAUUGAUCUAGCUGGCAUUGAAUUAUUUAUUAAAACAACCAACGAAUCUCUAAAUGAUAUAAAGAUCAUGUCACUGAAGAGGUCUGGAUACCUCUCACUUGAUUUUCAAAUCCCAUCACAAGGGACUUCUCUCAGCAGUUAA